CCGCUCGCCAGAGGAGGCGAGGUUCCCGUCACCGCUUCCCUGGGAGCCGUGCGGCGCGUCUCCCCGGCAUGCUGGGGCGGCCGCCCCCGUCGCCGAGCGCUGCCUCCUGGGCCCGCGGCCCCCUCUGUCCGCCGCCGCCCCCGCGCCCCGCCAACAAUGGAGGCUCAGUAUGAUGGCACUGAAGUAACUGUAGUGAUGGAGGAAAUAGAGGGCACCUACACCUAUGCAUCUCCAGUACCAUCUAAGAAGAAGAAAAAAUACAGAAGUCCUGGAGAUCAAGGGGAAAGGGCCAAAAAACCCAGAUCUGCUUACCUCCUGUACUAUUAUGAUAUAUAUUUGAAAGUACAGCAGGAGCUCCCCCACCUCCCCCAAUCUGAAAUUAACAAGAAGAUCAGUGAGAGCUGGAGGUUGCUCAGUGUGGCUGAAAAAAGCUACUAUUUGGAAAAGGCCAAACUGGAGAAAGAAGGAUUGGACCCGAACUCCAAGCUGUCCACUCUGACUGCAGUAGUUCCAGACAUUCCAGGUUUCCGUAAAAUCCUCCCUCGUUCGGAUUACAUAAUUAUCCCCAAAACCACUCUCCAAGAGGACAGGAGCAGGCAGCACCUAGAACUCUGCUUGGCACAGGGUCAAACAGCAUCUGAAGGAGUAACAGCUUCCACCAACAUCACGAGUGUUGCCCAUGAUGCCAUGCAAAACAUCCUUUCUGUGGACUCGAGCCAUGUUGGCAUUUCUGAACAGUGCAUUGCCAUUGAAGGACUGACGGAAGAGACUGCCUCAUUUGGUCAGUCAGACACUAUAGAAGAAGUAGUUGCUUCAGAGAUUCUCUCUCAUUAUGUCAGACCCAUAGCAGAUAAAAUGACUGGAGAUAUCCUCCUGGAUGAGGCUUCUUUGGAAAUAGGAGAGGGACAUCCAUAUCAGACAACUAGUGUGGUUAUCGAAGAGACUCUGGUUAGCGGCUGCAGAGACAUCUCCAAUGGGAGCAUUGCUGUGGCACAACCCCAGGUUUCUGAUGGUUUGUCUGUGGUAACAGUGGUGACCGGGAGGGACACAGAUGAGAGCUGCUCCUCCAUGCCUACUACACAGUUCAUUAUGCUACCUCUCCCGGCUCACUCUGUUGUGGAGAACCCAACGGCAAUCAAACUGACAACCACUUACACCCGCAGGGGCCAUGGAAACUGCACCAAUCCUGGUUGUUCUUUUACUUAUGUCACCAGACACAAACCGCCAAAGUGCCCAAAGUGCGGGAACUUCCUGGGAGGGAAAUGGAUCCCAAAGGAAAAGCAACCAAAAGGCAAAGCUGAGCAGAGUUCAGGUAUCCCCCUCAAAGCACCAGGGGCUAAAAGAAGUCAGCAGCCUGUAGCUACAGAGAAGGCAGCUGCUCGGGAAGAUGCCACCAAGUCUACUCUGGAAAGCUCUGAAGCUGUCAGCCAGCUACUGAAUGCAGUGCCUAUUCAGGAGCAGAUACAGGAGACUGAGUGGGAAGAAGUGAUAAUCUCUGAGGCUCACAUCCUUGCAAACAGAGGAAAUGCAGCAGCAGCAUCGCUGGCUAAAGAUAGCAGUGUGCAGAGCAACUCCUCCUUGGAGCAGCCUGAGAAAGACAGCAUAGGGAUAGGGUCACAGCCAUCUGCUGAGAUGACAAGUUCACUUGCCAGUCCAGCUACCACUGUAAAAAAGCCAAUGGGAAUUGAUGCUCUUGCUGCUGCACCCAAAGGACAAGAACUGAAGAGCAAACCAAAACCCAAGCCCUCAUUACUGGCUGCUGCGAGACCCAUGAGAGCGAUCCUACCUGCCCCUGCUAACUUGGGGAGAGAAGCCCGCACCGAGCAGCUCAGCAGCCGACAGGGCUUUCCAAGUAAUGAUAAGCAUUCCUCUAUGAGAACCUCAGGCCUGAAGUCCAGUACGCUGAAGCAGUUGGGUCAGUCUGUCCUACAGCCAUCUAGCAUUAGUGAGCGAAAGCUCCCCAGCAGCCCAGCCAGCAGAGCAUCUCAGGUGAAAGUAGUGGAGGUCAAACCAGAUGUAUUUCCCUCCUAUAAAUACAGCUGCACCGUAACUUUGGAUUUGGGAUUGGCAACAUCACGUGGCAGAGGGAAGUGUAAGAACCCCUCCUGUAGCUAUGUAUACACAAAUAGGCACAAGCCGCGGAUCUGUCCCAGCUGUGGCUACAACCUCGCCAAAGAUAGAGCUGAGAAAACUGUGAAAUCCCUGGAGGUCAGCUCAGGUCUUCCUGAUGUGUUGAACACCAGUGAACCCCUAACACAGUCCCAGAAAGAGAUCCAGCGCCAAUCAACACUGCAGCUGCUGCGCAAGGUAAUGCAAAUUCCAGAGAAUGAGUCGGAACUGGCAGAGGUCUUCGCGCUCAUCCACGAACUCAACAGCUCACGGCUCAUCCUGUCCAACGUGAGUGAGGAGACGGUCACCAUCGAGCAGACCUCCUGGUCAAACUAUUAUGAGUCUCCAUCUACGCAGUGCCUCCUCUGUAACAGCCCUUUGUUCAAAGGGGGACAGAAUUCUCUUGCUGGUCCACAGGAGUGCUGGUUGCUGACUGCUAACCGGUUACAGGUGGUUACUUCCCAGGUUAAAGUGUGUCUGAAUCUGCAGUGCCUGGCCCUGCAUAGCUUCAUGGAUAUAUACACAGGCUUGUUCAACGUGGGUAACAAGUUGUUAGUGAGCCUGGACCUUCUGUUCACCAUCCGAAACCAUAUUAAGCUUGGAGAGGAUCCCAAAGUAGCAGUUGGCAGUAUCCUGGAAUCUGUGCAGGAACAGACCGAGAAAACCCUGAGUCCCGAGGAGCUGAGUCAGCUCCAGGAGCUUCUGUGCAAUGGCUAUUGGGCUUUUGAGUGCCUCACUGUCCGGGACUACAAUGAUAUGAUCUGUGGCGUCUGUGGCAUUGCACCCAAGAUUGAGAUAGCCCAGAGGAAUGCAGAAAAUGUCCUGGCACUAAAGAACGUCGAGUUUACCUGGCCAGAGUUUUUGUCAUCCAGCGAGGUAAAUGUAGAAGAUUUCUGGUCCACGAUGGAGACAGAAGUGAUAGAGCAGGUGGCGUUCCCAUCUAGCAUCCCGAUCACCAAGUUUGAUGCCUCUAUUGUUGCCCCCUUCUUCCCACCACUCAUGAGAGGAGCUGUGGUUGUCAACACUGAGAAGGACAAGAACCUAGAUGCACAUCUGGUACCAGGUAGUGGGAGUGCUUUGGUGAGGCUGCUUCAGGAAGAAUCCUGCAAACUGGAGCAGAUCAACUCUUAUAGUGAGGAAGAGCUGCAGUAUUUCUUGACACAGUGCAGCAUCCCCUGGGGGGCAGCAGACACGAAGGACCAGCUCUGUUACUCCCUCCUGGCUCUUUAUGACUUUGUUCAGAAUGGGGCAGAUUCCAAACAACCCCCAGUCCAGCACACAGGAGGAAAAAUCUACAAAGUGUGUCCACAUCAGGUGGUGUGUGGCUCAAAGUACGUUGUGAGAGGGGAAAGUGCCCGGGACCACGUGGACCUACUAGUCUCCUCACGCCACUGGCCUCCAGUCUAUGUGGUGGAUAUGGCUUCUUCGGUGGCAUUGUGUGCCGAUAUUUGCUGCCCUGACCUGACUGUCCAGAUGUGGGGGAAAAAUCAGGGAUGCUUCUCUGAUCCUAUGGAGCCCCCAACGCGUGUAUCCUGCCCGGAGCUGUUAGACCAACACUACAGUGUAGAUAUGACUGUAGCUGAGCACUCUGUCCAGCACCCAGUCACCAAAUCCACAGCCCGCCGAAUUGUUCACACCGGGGCAGAGCAGAACAGCCAGAGUGGUCCAACUGCUCAGCACCGUUCCAUCUCACUGUGCCAAGAGCUAGAGCCUUACAGUGCCAUCAUCACUGCCAUCAAUGACAGCAAAACCACCAAUGUGCGCCAAAGGCCCAUCACUUUCGACAACGCGACCCACUAUUACCUCUACAACCGCCUGAUGGAUUUCUUCACCAGCAGGGAGAUUGUGAACCGGCAGAUCCAUGAAAUCGUGCAGAGCUGUCAGCCCGGUGAGGUGGUGAUCCGGGACACACUGUACCGACUGGGAGUGGCACAGAUUAAGACAGAAACAGAGGAGGAGGAAGAAGAGAACCAGGAAGAUGAUGGAGAGGUUGCUGAGUAAACCACUCUCAACUGGUGAUUGAUCCCUCUCUAGCCAUGCCGGUGGCUUGCUGGGCUGCUGCAAGGUCUUGGCAGACUGGCCAGGCUUAACUGCGGUAGUGUUCGUUCGUUUUUUUUUUUUUAAACAAAGAAGCUGUGAUACUGCUGACUUUGACUGCUUACACUGACCAAAGAGCCACGUGCUUCCAGAGGAUCAUGAGUGCUGCUGUGAGCAUAAGUUCCGUUAACAGUCUUGGAAGGGAUUCCCUUCCAAGGUGCUUCUUGGACCCAUUGAUUUGUCGUGCAAUGUGCUGUUCUCACACGGCAGCUGGAUGGAGUGAAGGGGGGAUCCGUUUCCAGUCCCUGGGAAUGUCUGAGAUGGAAAAGUACAGGGCUGGGUUUUUGUCCCCCACCCCCCCCCAAUGGAUCUUGUUUGCUGACCUUGUUAAUAUCCUCAAUACAGGGUUGGGUGAGGGGGAGCAGGAGUAGAUGGAAGAAAGGCAGAUGAAAAUGUCCAAGUUUGAAUGGAUUAGCAUAAUACACACUGACAUUCCCUUUUGGAAUCACCUCUUCCAUCUGGCUAGGCAUUUAAAAGGAUCAUGUUGGGUGGCCUGCAGCUUUAAAAUAGUCAUGUCUGGGUAGCCUCCCAGGAGGUGCUGGUGCCCAGGACUGAGUUAAGUAGUCACGAGGGGUGGAUGUUCCUUGUUGUUGUCCUGGGUUCAGUAACAGUGCAGUAGUGCAGGUAUUUAGCGUGUGGAGAGGUGUAUCUGAGUUUUCAGGACUGUUAGUCCCAUAACAGGAGGAGCAGUAAUAAUUAUGUAGACGUUGCUGGUUAUCUGCAUUACCUAAGCAUUGAAUUUGAUGGGUUGCCCUUGACUUGGCUAGCCAAGGGCUAACAAACUUCUUUAAGGACUGCUUUGAGCUGUCUAAGGCAACAACUUCUUAAACCAGCGAGGCACUCAAAUUCCACGCACUUCUUUUUGGGCACUUUAUUCUUUUAGCGGUUACACCCCAUUCAUGAUGUCAAGGAAAAUUCAUAUUUGUCCUACAAUUGGGAUUGAAUGGCAAAGGACAUCUGUGCAGCAGUAACGAGAGGCAAUGAAUGCAACAUAACCAGAGAGGCCCAUGAAGAGAGAUUUUAUAAUCUUCUCCCUGCUGAGACUAUGGCUGAGGGGACUGCAUCUUCUCUGCUUUCUGGGCCCUUUGCAAAGUGUGGUAACCCAUCCUGCCAUUAUCCUCACAGCACUGUAAAACUUAAAUAUUUAAACAGCAGCUCAAAUCCUGUUUGUAUAGCUGCUUGCAUUGCCCACUGACACCCUUUCUCUGCUGCUGGCCAUAAAUCUCAAAGUAUACACAUCUGGUCUGGCUCAAACAAGGUAGAAGGAGGGAUACUGAAAUGGUGGGAAUCCAGGAAAAUGUCCAGGAAGGCUUUUCCUGGUGUGGUCAGAAGAGUGGAUAAGAGACUUGUGGUGUGGAUGAAAAUUCCCUUCUGUGAAGGGGAACCUAAUGAGUACCAUACUGUAAACAUAAAUAUAUUAAGUAUGAGCAAAUGCAGUAAUUAUGGUUUGGGGUUUUUUCUGUUUAAAAAUGUUAAUUUAUUAUAAAAUACAUUAGUGACUUUUUUCAGUCAGUGAUAACUUUUAAUAAAUUAUCUCCAAUUUUUUGGGUGAAA